AUGAGUUCCUACCAGCAAAAGCAGCCCUUUGUACCACCUCCUCAGCCUCAACAGCAUCAAGUGAAGCAACCUUGUCAGCCUCCACCACAAGGACAAUUUGUGCCCACAACUACCACGGAGCCAUGCCGCACAGAUGUUCCACAACCAGGAAACAGCAAGAUUCUAGAGCCAUGCAGCACCAAAGUGCCCGAGCCAGGCUACACGGUUGUCCUUGAGCCAGAUUACACUACAAUGCCUGGGCCAUGCUCUGCCAACAUCCCUGGGCCAGAUUACACCACAGUUGCUGGGCCAUGCUCCACCAAUAUCCCUGGGCCAGAUUACACUAUGAUGCCUGGGCCAUGCUCCACCAACAUCCCUGGGCCAGAUUACACUACAAUGCCUGGGCCAUGCUCUGCCAAUAUCACUGAGCCAGAUUACACCACAGUUGCUGGGCCAUGCUCCACCAACAUCCAUGGGCCAGAUUACACUACAAUGCCUGGGCCAUGUUCUGGCAACAUCCCUGACCCAGGUUGUGCCAUGGUUCCUGAGCCAUGCUCUACCAAUAUCCCUGAGGCAAGCUCAGGGCCAUGCUCUAGCAAUGUUCAAGAGCCUGGCUAUGUGAAUGCCUCAGGGUCAAUCCAUACCAAGGUCCCUGAUCAGGGCUACACCAAGGAACCUGACCAGGGAUACUCCAAGGUACCAGAGCCAAGCCAGUCCAAGGUUCCUGAGGUGUACCCUACGACUGUCACUCCAGGAGUGAGCCAGCAGAAGACGAAGCAGAAGUAA